GCGAGCGAGCGAAAGAGGGAGCUAAAACAGGUGGUCGGGGAAAAAAAAACACAGAUAACAAUGUCGUCCGGCGGGGAAAAGCGGAAAGAUCUGUAGGUGUCGUCUCCACAAAGGACUCAAGGAUCCGCGAACCCAAAGAAAAUUCAUGCUCCUUGCGUCCGUAGGACGGAGCGCUCUCCCUCGGUUUUACUCCGUGUUCUGAGGCAGAAUAUCGGAUACUAAAACCAUGAAAGUCACGGUGUGUUUUGGGAGGACCAGGGUGGUGGUGCCGUGCGGGGAUGGAAAUAUCAAAGUCCACACGCUCAUCCAGCAGGCUGUCAUGAGAUAUAAGAAGGCCAUCGCGAAGGAUGCCAGCUACUGGCUGCAGGUCCACAGGCUGGAGCAUGGCGAUGGGGGCAUCCUGGACCUGGACGAUGUGCUCUGUGACGUGGCCGAUGACAAAGACCGGCUCAUAGCGGUGUAUGAUGAGCAGGAGCCCCACCAUGGGGCUGAUGGUACCAGUGCCAGCUCCACGGGGACCCAGAGUCCUGACCUGUUCACCUCAGAGCUGAGCACCCCCGGCGUCUCGGCCUUCCAGCCCUACCAGGCCAGCGAGAUCGAAGUCACGCCUUCUGCCCUGCGAACCAACAUGCCACUCCAUGUGCGACGCAGCAGCGACCCGGCCCUGCUGACCCUCAACGGGCCAUUCAGUGGCGCAGAAUCCCGGGUCCCCGCGGACGAAACGCCAUCUAGAAAAAACCCCACCCGCUGGUCUACCACCGCAGGCUUCCUCAAGGCCCGCCACUCUACAGGCACCAACAGCCUGGAAAGGAAGGGUAAAGGCAUGGACACGUAUCGUAGCCUGCCUCGUGAUGCCGGUACCUGGGCCAACCAGAGAGAGUUCCAGAGAGAGACGGCCCGCUCCUCGCUCAGCGCUAAUCACCCCAUGGUGGACCGCUGGCUGGAGAGACAGGAACAGGAGGAGGAGGCGAGAGAAGAGGAGAAUGGGAGAAUUGAGCCAGUUGGGCGAGCAGACUCCUGCAUGGAUCACAACCCUAUGAGGUCUCUAGAAGACAUAGUCAAACUGGUGGAGGUGUCCAACGACGGGGGGCCCCUGGGGAUCCACGUGGUGCCUUUCAGUGCCAGGGACCGCAGGACUUUGGGCCUGUUGGUCAAGCGUCUGGAGCGAGGAGGCAAGGCCGAGCAGCAAGCUCUCUUCCAGGAGAACGACUGUAUCAUCCGUAUCAAUAACGGAGACCUGAGAAACAUUCGCUUCGAACAAGCCCAGAACAUGUUUCGUCAGGCGAUGCGUUCCCCGGUCAUUAUGUUUCAUGUGGUGCCGUCCUCCAUGAAGGCCCACUAUGAGCAGCUGUCCCACGGUGAGAGGAACCCACCCUACACCUCGGGCCGCUUCAGCCCCGAAUCCCUGACGGGUAGCACUGUCCCCAGCAUGGACCUAACCCCGCAGAGGAUGUCCCGACACGGAUCCCAAACCCACCCUCAUCCCCAGCCACACCCUCAUCCCCACUCCCACCCUCACCUUCACCCGGAGCAGGGUGAGGCUUACUCUCCUCUACCUCACCCAGCAGUGUCUGCAGCCAAGCCCCCCACAGGCCACGCCUCCUCACCACAGAGGGUGGUAAGCUCCACCCCCACAGGCGGAUACACGAAGAAAGUUGGGAGGAGGCUCAACAUCCAGCUGAAGAAAGGUCCCGAAGGUCUAGGGUUCAGCAUUACGUCUCGUGAUGUUCCCAUCGGAGGCUCAGCGCCAAUCUACGUGAAGAAUAUCCUGCCUCGGGGAGCUGCCAUUCAAGAUGGCCGCCUCAAGGCUGGCGACAGGCUGCUGGAGGUAAACAGGGUAGAUCUGAAUGGGCGGAGCCAAGAAGAGGUGGUUUCACUGCUCAGGGCCACACCCAUGGGCGGGGUCGUGGGGUUACUGGUGCUCCGCCAAGAGGAUGCCUUUCUUCCCCGGGAGGUGAAUGCUGAGCCCCAGACGCAGUGCCUCAGAGAUUUGCCUCCAGUCAUAAGACAACCUGUGAGAGCUGAGAAACCCCAUUGGCUGAUUGAGAAGUCAGAGGAGGAUGAGUUGGUGCUAACCCCAGAUGGAACUAGGGAGUUCCUAACGUUCGAGAUCCCCCUCAGCGACUCGGGCUCAGCUGGCCUUGGGGUCAGCGUCAAAGGCAACCGCUCCAAGGAAAACCACGCUGACCUUGGCAUCUUUGUUAAGUCCAUCAUCAACGGAGGGGCUGCCUGCAAGGAUGGCCGCUUGCGGGUGAAUGACCAACUAAUCGCUGUCAAUGGGGAGUCGCUACUGGGCAAGACUAACCAGGACGCAAUGGAAACGCUGCGCAAGUCCAUGUCUACAGAGGGCAACAAGCGGGGGAUGAUCCAGCUCAUUGUGGCCAGACGAGUGGACAAACAGAACGAGGAGACCCCAGGGACCCCAUUGGGACCCCAGCAGACGAUGAACACAUCCCUGGAUGACCACGAGCGCCGCAUCUCGCACUCCCUGUACGGUGGCCUUGAAGGCCUGGAUGACAACCUGAUGCCUCGCCAAGGCAUGUUGCCACGCACAGUCGGUAACUAUCAGCUGUCGCCAACUGUCAACAUGCCUCAGGAUGACACCGUAAUCAUCGAAGAUGAUAGGCCGCCUCUCCUCCCACCCCACAUGUCUGACCAGUCAUCUUCCAGUUCUCACGACGACGUGGGCUUCACCGCAGAGAUGACCCCUCUUUGGGCCAAAGACCUGUCCAAUCAGAAUGAAAGUUCCCAGAGCCCGGACGACGUGGACCCAGACAGUUCCUUCCAGAGAGAGGGCUUUGGACGGCAGAGCAUGUCUGAGAAACGUACCAAGCACUUUGGGGACGCCGCCCAGCUUGAGAUCAUCAAAACACGCAAAUCCAAGAGCAUGGACCUCGUAGCCGACGAGAUUAACCUCACCCCUCGUCCUGAGACAAGCGCAGGUUCGUCUACCAAGGACGUGGGACCAUCUCUUGGCUUAAAGAAAUCCAGCUCUCUUGAGAGCCUCCAGACUGCUGUUGCCGAGGUUACCCUCAACGGGGACCUCCCCUUCCACAAGCCCCGCCCUCGUAUUAUCCGGGGGCGGGGCUGCAAUGAGAGCUUCAGGGCGGCCAUCGACAAAUCCUACGAUCGACCAGUUGCCACAGAGGAGGAUGAUGAGGGCAUGGAGACACUCGAGGAGGACACAGAAGAGAGCUCACGGUCGGGAAGAGACUCGGUGUCCACGGUAGCAGACCUGACUCCACUGACUGGCACUGAUAAGCCCUUGGUCAAUGGCACCAACCGCACCAAAGAGGAGAAGAAAAAAGACAAGGCAGGGAAGGAGAAGAAGAAGCAGGAAGGAGGGAAGGAGAAGGAGAAAGACAAGAACAAAGCCAAGAAGGGCAUGCUGAAAGGCCUGGGGGACAUGUUCAGGUUUGGAAAGCACCGCAAGGAUGAGCGACUGGGAGACAAGAUGGAUCGCAAAGGCUCCAGCAAGUGGAGACCUGAGGAGACCCAGGCCUCAGAGGAGGAGACCAUGAGGAUGAGGCUGGAGCAGGAGAGGAUCCAGGCCAAGACCAGGGAGCUCAGGGAGCGGCAGGCCAGGGAGAGGGACUACGCUGAGAUCCUGGACAUGAGCCGUCCGCCAGUGGGAACCCCUGACGAAGAGCACCCUUAUGCUGGUAUCGCCACAUUGGACACCUCCACAGACAGCGUACAUAGCCGGCCUCACAGCCCCCGAGACGACUAUCCCCACCUUCACCCCCACCACCAGCACCAGCACUCCGACUCACUCUACACCCAAGUCAGCAAGGCACGCAACGGACGCCCCCCCUCAGCAGACAGUAACCGACUAGCCCCUAGCAACCAUGACCGGAUACAGAGACUGAGGCACGAGUUUCAACAGGCCCAGAAUGUUCCAGAGGACCCUGAUGACCGCAGGAGGACCUACAGCUUUGAGCAGCCCUGGCCUAACACCACCAGCUCUGGUCCAGGUGGCUACAUCCAACCAGGCCGCCACUCUGUGUCGGUGGAGGUCCAGAUGCAAAGGCAGAGGCAGGAGGAGAGAGACUCGUUCGCCCAGGCCCAGAGACAGUACAGCUCCCUGCCACGACAACCUAGAAAGAACCCCAGCUCCGUCUCCCAGGACUCUUGGGACAAGGCCUACCCGCCCGGCGAGAGCUUUCAAACAGCCAAAGACAACCCCAGGUACUCCAGCUACCAGGGGUCCAGAAACGGCUAUCCGGGCAUUGGCGGUGUCAACGCUCGGGUCCUCCUGGAGGCCCAGGAGCUCCUGAGGCAGGAACAGCGGCGCCGCGAGCAGGAGGCCAAAGAGAAGCUGGCGCAAGAGAACGCGAGCGGCAGCGGCGGCAGUUAUGAGAGCUACACGUCAGUGCACCAGAAGGAGCCGGCCUCCCCGAAGGGUCCGUAUCGCCAGGACGUACCGCCUUCGCCCUCGCAGCUUGCAAGGCUUAACAGGAUGGGAUCAGAAAAAGGGAGGCUUUUUUAUUCCUGAGAAUGACGUAUAGGUUUGACGGACAGAUGUGCCUGAUAUGAAGACUAGAGGGCAGGACAACAGAGGACUGAGACUAAGGGACUGAGUUUGGGUGUUAAACAAAGGCUGGAUCUCAGGCUUCUCUUUUUUACCCCCUGAGGAAAAGGGCAAAUAUGGACGUUGCGACUAUGGACAUAGGACACCCCGCAGGUCUUGUAGCUUAGAGAUGAUACUGGAGAUAGACAAGUGUAAGGUUGGCUCAGUAUGUGGGUGUUUGUGUUCAGGCCCUCUCUGUACUGAUGACCUACUGGUAGUCAGUCAGUCAGUCAACCUACAACGCACACGACACACUCGGUGCCUUCACUGCAGUCAUGGACAUGACAGUUCUUCGUAGUUGUAGAAGAGAUAUCUCCCCCAGUGCCAUGAUUCAUUCAGAUCUGGCCUCCUCACGUUUUGACAAUCAAGCAGGCUGACGGGCAAACGAGUGGGAUUCCUUUUUCAGGCCAUGGGAAACCGUAUGUUUGCGUGUGCAUUUGUGUGUGUGUGUUUGUAUAUAUAUAUGCGUGUGGGUGCGUGACAGGGUACUUGAGUACUGUUUGUGUAUGUGUCAUCAUAUACCAUUUCACUGCCACACUUGACCUAUCAAGCACAUUUGUUCGAGCUGUGUCCCACUGGUGACCUCACUCGCAUAACCAACAAUCCCUCACCCCACACCCUAGUCGGUAUGUCUCCAGACAAAAAAACAAAAACACACACCUCUACUGCUGUAAGCCUUCCUCAGCAUUCUGUGUGUCUUCCUCAGAUGUGUUUCCUCUGUGGCUGAACUCUGUCCCCUGAGCGUUCCCUCGGGAGCAGAGAAAGCAAGGCAAAAUGUAUGGGGGGGGGAUGAAAGAGAAGAAGGGCACAGAGCACGUUAUUAAUGAAAAGCCCCACUCAUACAUGAUUCAUGCUGUGUGUCAUCUCCACAGAGGAGACCCAGGCAGAGAAAGGGAGACAGCUCUUGCCGCCUGGCCUCUGCCACAUCGCUCUGGGCUCGACUCGCCGGCCUGCCUGCCCGCCUGUCUGGAGCUUUGGCUCUCCUCCUCCUCCUCCUCCUCCUCCUCCUCCCUUCCUAUUUUCUUCUCCUUUUGCCUCCCACAACAACAUCACCUUCAACCACCCCCACCUCCUCUCUCCUGUCAUCACCCCCGCCUCACCUCCUCACUCAUCUUCCGCCGUCCUCUCCUCCCAUACCCCCUCAUUUUCUCCAGUCAGAUUCAGCACUGAAUUUUUCAUUACAAGCCACCUGCUGCCAGCCAGAGCCAGAGAACACAGCCACCAGAGGCUCCGACAGAGGGCCCAGCUUCUGACACCCGCAAUGAAAAAGGGACAGAAAGAAAGAGAGAGAUACAAUAAGUCUCCCACUGCAUGGUUAGCUGCAGUCCUCCCCGUAAUCAUGCAAAAUUGAAAAAGGAGAAAAAAAAUUGUCCUCAGGAGAUGAUUGCACUCAGUUGCAGUGACUACAUUUACAUCACCUUUUCCAGCAUUUACCCGAUUAAUAAAGACUGAGUGAAUAGUGUGUGUGUGUGUGUGUGGGGGGGGGGUCUUGGCAGGACAUGCGGCUGUUUGGGGAAUUCAACCUAUAACCAUUCGAGGUUCGGACAGUCUCCUGAGCCGCCUCAAGCCACACAGCUAGCUGGUUGGUAGUAGGUCAGUAUGUAUGGUCCUCCCAGACCACCGUAUACUGAACCCAAUCCUUCAACAGCAUUCUGCCUGCAAGCAAGCUAUGAAAGAGAACUGAAAGUGACAAAAAAGAGAAAGAAAGAGGUUAAACCUGAGACAACAAAGGGAACUAAAAAGACAUGCAUAAUUACCCUCUACUCCGAGGUGCUCUCCAUAUGCGGAGGAGUACCAUACAGCAUACAUUAUCUCCUGUUUGCUAAUGAAGGCCCUCUCUGGGAAACAAACCACCCACUAUUAGGGGUUAUAAAUAAUAAACAUGAGACAGUUGGAAAAGGUAACACUUUACAAUGGCCUUAAUGAAAACCUCCCCGAUACAUAAUGGAGUCAACAACAACAAAAAAAACAAAAAUAGUGGAGACAUGAUGCAAGCUCAAAACAUUACACAUUCACAUGCUGUGCUGUUGCGUCGACACUUGAAGAAGGCCAUUGUAAACUAUUACCUAAGAAUGUGCUGGUAAAACUAUUGAGCCCCAUAAAGGAUGAUUAAAGCAUAGCACCACUUUGGGGGGGAACCUCUUCGUGGUUAGCAUCCAGCUGGAAACGUUAGCAUGUUGCGAUACGCGGACUAGCCCAAUUUAGAAGGAUGUACUCGAACUGUGAUCUAUACAGACUGUAAAGCGUUGCUGUUGGGAUGUAGUCCCCCGGUAGGUCAGCUGACCUCAUUUAAUCCAAAAUCUGGUGAAUAUAAGUGCCUGAGAUACAAAUUCACAAUAUUUAACACGAUGUGGUUUGUUUAUUGGUGACACAGUACCACACAAUCUUGUCGUGUGCUUUUUUUAACAUUUUGAUGUCAGCAUUACAAGUGUCAUUUUAUGGGGGUACUUUUCCUGAAGAUGUGUUUUUUUUUUGCCCGUUUGUUUUUGUCUUGUUUUUAACCACAAGAGCCAACACACAGCAAUGUAUUUGAAUCCCAUGUGACAUUGCCUUUGACCAUGCUGUACCAUGAUGUGUUUUAAAGUAUAAAAAAACAAAAGCUAUUGUAAGCACAUGUGCAAUUAUUUUUUGUUUUCCAGAAAACUUUUACAUAUAUUAAGCAAUGUAUGCAGCCGCUUUUCCUGUACAUAUCUAAUUUAGAAUAAAACGUACGGCUGUUUCAUCCUGUUU